CCUAACAUCAACAUACAAUUCACCCAUACUACUUUCGGGGCUUAAGUUUUGAAAAAGGAACUUAAAAUCCAAAGUUAUACAAGCAAAAUGGACUUCAGGAUAUGUUUUGCCCUAGCAUGCUUACUUGGGACAACUUUAAGUGCACCUGUAGCGCAACAAAAUACGCGAAACUUUAUCCCAGACCGAUAUGAUGUCCGAGGAGAGUUGUUAAACGAUGAUGGUUCAUUUUCAAGACAAGACCCCCCUGAAGAAGAAGAAGAGCCUUCAUUGUACGAUCAGUUCAACAACGGUCAAGACAGCAACCUUGCCUACCARCAACCACAAAAUGACUAUCAAUCGCAAUAUGCACCACAAUACGGCAACCAAGCUUACAACAACUUCCAGGAUCCAAGCAGUCAAUUCAACACGGGCGGUCAAGACCAGCAAACAGCUUUCUACAACUCACAACAAUAUCCACAACAAGACCAAGAGACAACGAAUGACAUGCCUUAUACGCCAAUCUCUAAAGGCGACGACAUCAGCAAAGAUGAUACUGAGCCACCAAAAAAUGAAUUUUACGACCAGCCACGACAGGAUUACCAAAACUACCAGAAUCAAUACCAAAACUACAACGARCAGCCUCAACAACAAGGCUACUUUGAUCAACAAUCAACUCAACAACAAUACAACUACCAGCCUCAAUCCCAAGAACUGGGUGAUAUACAGGGUGUAGCACGUGACCAGCCGUCACGUGACGACAAGUCUGGUGAAGUCGAGAAGGACGAUUUAUCAAAUGAAAGGGAAGACGAGGGAGAAUCAUCAAAACGAGAUGAAAUAACGAGACAAAACAUGAAGAAAUAUGAAAUUCCUCAUAACCUUUCACAGAAAGAUCUCAAUGGCAUGCUUGGAUUUACAAAACAAAUUUAUCUUAGGGGUGGACACUAAGGUUUUUUUUUCCUAAUAGAUAAGUUUCUCGGGACAAUCGAUCGUGGAUGACCACCUAAACGAAAAAACUGCGCGAACUGGGAUCAGUAGUCGUCCUUAGAAAACGAAAACAGUUAUGACUUAGAUACUUAUAGAGAGAUGUGCGAGCGCUGAAAAAAAGCAGUAUUAAGCCCCAUAAACAAAAGAUAAGUAUUUCAAACUCUAGAAAUCMUGACCUCUAGGAUGUCCACUCUACGAGAAUACUACUGACCAACACAACGGACAAUUAAACCUUGCUUACUCUUGGUCGAAAUUGGGUGGAAUGUUGCAUGAGAACAUUGACAUUUAGGUCUAUUCUAGUGUAACUGUUAUGUUAUGUCGACGCCUAUGAAACCAGGGUUUUCCGACAGUCAUUCAAAACCGGGGUUUAUAUGUUUUAAGGCACUCGCUCAUCUCUAAAACAACUCAUACACUGACUUUUCUUCAUAUAUAAGCAACCCUUGAGAGUCCGGGUUUUAAAUGGGAUGAUUUUAUAAGAACGAUGUGAACAAUUCACAAUAUGUACAAAUACAUAUGUAUUACAUUUAUGUUUAACUCAUGUACAGAUUAGUUUACAGAUUACAUCAACUUUAGUGCWUUCAUUUUUAUUCAAUAAAAUACAUAAAAAUGACGUA